AUGGAGAACAGGACAGAAGUGAUAGAGUUCAUCCUGCUGGGACUGACCAGCGACCCAGACCUGCAAGUUCUACUCUUUAUCACCUUCCUCAUCAUCUAUAUCCUCACGCUGGUUGGGAACCUGGGGAUGAUCCUGUUGAUUCUCUUGGACUCUCGUCUCCACACCCCCAUGUAUGUGUUCCUUGGUCACCUGUCUGUAGUGGAUUUGUGUUACUCUACAGCUGUCACUCCAAAGGUCAUGGCUGAGCUCCUCGUAGGAGACCAGGUCAUUUCCUACACUGCUUGUGCCACUCAGAUGUUCUGCUUUUCAGGCUUUGCUAGUGCAGAAAAUUACCUGUUGGCCUCAAUGGCCUAUGAUCGUUAUACAGCAGUGUGCAAACCCCUCCAUUAUACCACCACCAUGACAACCAGUAUGUGUGCAUUUCUGGUCAUGGGUUCCUAUGCUUGUGGCGGUGUGACUGCUAUCAUUAACAUUGGGAACAUAUUCAGCCUCUCCUUCUGUAGGUCCCGUGUGGUCCAUCAUUUCUUCUGUGAUAUGCCAGCAGUUAUGUCUACAUCUUGUUCAGAUAUACAUGUUCAUGAGCUCAUUCUGAUCUAUGCGGCCAGCUUCAAUAUCUUUUUUGGUCUUCUAGUCAUCUUAAUCUCCUACACCUUCAUUUUUCAAAGCAUCCAAAAGAUGCAUUCCAUUUCAGGACGUCAGAAAACGAUCUCCACCUGUGCCUCUCAUUUUACAGCUGUCUCCAUAUUCUAUGGGACGAUUAUAUACAUGUACUUAAGGCCCAGCUCCAGUUAUUCCAUGGACUUUGACAAAUUUUCAUCUGUGUUUUACACUAUGAUCAUCCCUGUGCUGAACCCUAUGGUCUACAGCUUGAGGAACAAGGAGGUGAAGAGUGCAUUCACCAAGCUUAUUUCCGAGGCGAAGUUAUCCUUAUGA